AAGACCUGGUUGCCCACAACUAUGAAGUAAUUCGUAACCGGCCAGCAACAAUAGAAGAAAUAAAAUCUGGAAUGGGACAACUGGCAAAAUGGCAGGCAGUUAGUUUUAAGCUGCUAAAGGACCAAACAGGAUUGCUCGAUAAAAUGCAGUACGAUCUAACAACGAUGCCAAAUUUCCUGGACGAAGAUAUUAUGACAACUGGAUUUCCGAUGUUCUUAGAAGCACUGAAAAGUGUGGAAAGUUUAAAAAAAUACAUCAAGUAUUUUGAGCCCAUUAAAGAUAUUGUGAUUCCGCGCUGGGUGAAAAUAAUACGUGAAUACAGAGAGAAUCGCCAAGACGAUGCUUACUAUGUUCUAUGCCAUGGAGACUUCCAUUCAAAAAAUAUGAUGUUCAGGGGAACGGACUGCAUGUUGAUCGACUUUCAGUUGUCCUACGUAGGAUCUAUAAUAAACGAUGUGCUCUAUGCGGUAUACAUGAUCUUAAGUGCUGAGGAUCGCCGAGAUAAGCUUGAUGAACUUAUCUAUCACUAUUUUAUAACAUUUGCAAAUACAUUAGAGAAGAUUGGUUACCAAGGAAAGAAGUCUAGUUUGGUUGAAUUUCGAAAGCAGAUAUUUGACAGAAAAUAUUCUGAAAUCUUUUUGAUAAGUACAUUUUUACCAAUAUUUAAUCAUGUGCGAAAUGGAGAGCCUCUGGCAGACUUAAUGGAAAACGAAGAGUUACGUCGAAAGUUAUAUCACACCAAGGAAUAUCUUGACGAUUUGGAGCAUCUGUUGUCUCGUAUGCUUCACUUGGGAUAUUUUGAACAAUUAGAAAAAAUUGGUUAAAUAUAUUUAAGCGAGUGAAGCUUGGAAAGAAAUUCUGUGAAUUUAUAAAAAGGAAGAUGUAUUUUUAAUAUUAAAAGAGCUGUAACUUUAAUGCAAUUGAUACAACAAUUAAAUAAUAUUAAAACAAGUAGGAAAGCUACAAGUGUGCUCGACUGUGAGAUAUCCUCUACCC